UGUUAUCAACACAGUGUUCUGUGUGCGCUUGUAUCAUCCAAUUCUCCAACCCAAACAGUUUGUAUUUGGUGCAAUAAGUCUGCCGUUUGUGGCACCUAAUUAUAGGGUCUGUGAAUUCCGAAGCCACGAACGCCACCACCAGCGCCGAUAGGUUCAGCAGAUUAGAUAAGCAGAACUUUGGUCUCGUUUAGUUCAGCCAAAACCGACCGGACAGUAGGCAGUGUUUUAUAAUAUCGUACUCGUUUUACAACUUGUAGGAAGUUCAAGGCCUGCUUGGUUCGACUGCUCCCGCUAGGGUACCGCCAGAACAAGAUGUCGCAAACCAAGAAGUUUGGUGAUCUGGUCGGUUCCAUCGACGAGGGAACCAGCUCGGCCCGGUUCAUACUGUUCCGGGCGGAGACCAGCGACAUUGUGUGCUUCCACCAGAAGGAACUCCGCCAAAUGUACCCCCAGGAGGGCUGGGUCGAGCAAGAUCCGAAGGAGAUCCUGUCCGUGGUGGAAGAAUGUAUCGAGAAGACCAUCGAAAAACUGCGGGAACUGGGGGGAAGUCCAUCGGACAUUGUGGCUGUCGGUGUUACCAAUCAACGGGAAACAACCAUCGUGUGGGACAAAACGACGGGGGAACCACUGUACAAUGCCAUCGUGUGGCUGGAUAUGCGAACGUCAUCGACCGUGGAUCAACUGCUAGAAACGGUUCCCAACAAGACGCGGAACAAGAACUACCUGAAACCGCUGUGUGGAUUACCCUUGUCACCGUACUUCUCCGCUGUCAAGCUACGCUGGUUGAUCGACAACGUUCCAAAGGUUAAAACGGCCAUCAAAAAUGGAAACUGCCUAUUUGGCACGGUCGAUACGUGGCUGAUCUGGAAUCUCACCGGAGGCGUCAACGGGGGAGCGCACGUAACGGACGUCACCAAUGCCUCCCGUACCAUGUUGAUGAACAUCGAAACGCUGCACUACGAUAAGACCCUCGGUAAGUUCUUCGACGUUCCGUUUGAGGUUCUGCCGGAAAUCCGGUCCAGUUCGGAGGUUUACGGUACCAUUUGUCUGAGCGCUCUGGAAGGCGUACCGCUGAGUGGAUGUCUCGGCGAUCAGCAAGCGGCUUUGGUUGGUCAGGAGUGCCUUGCUCGGGGUAAGGCUAAGGCCACUUACGGAACGGGAUGCUUUUUGCUGUACAAUACGGGAAAUGCCUUGAUCGACUCCUCGCACGGUUUGAUUACCACCGUGGCCUACCAAAUGGGACCGGAAGCCCCUCCGACGUACGCUCUGGAAGGAUCCGUUGCGAUAGCGGGCGCAGCUCUGGGAUGGCUGCGCGACAACAUUAACAUUCUAACCAGUGCCAAGGAAUCCGAGGAAGUGGCCCUGUCGGUGGAGAACAAUGGCGAUGUGUACUUUGUGCCGGCGUUCAGUGGUUUGUAUGCUCCGUACUGGAACCAGGAAGCACGGGGGGUCAUCUGCGGAAUUACGGAGGAUACGCAACGUGGUCACAUCGUGCGGGCCAGUUUGGAGGCCGUGUGUUUCCAGGUUCGGGACAUCUUGGACGCCAUGAACAAAGAUUGCGGAAUUCCACUGGUCAAGCUGAAGGUCGAUGGUGGAAUGACGGCGAAUUCGCUGUUGACCCAGUGGCAGGCGGAUUUGAUUGGGUUGGAGGUGCAGCGGCCUGCCGUUGUUGAGACAACCGCUUUGGGCGCGGCAAUGGCUGCGGGUCGUGCCGUCGGCUGCUGGGACGUGGAAAACGUCAGCGUCGAGAGCAACUGCACCUCAUUCAAGCCGAAGAUCUCCGACGACGAACGCGACAUGAGAUACAGCAAGUGGAAGAUGGCCGUCGAGCGGUCAUUCGGCUGGGAGAGUAAUUCGAUGGUUUGAUCCUUUACUGAAUAGACAGGGCUUUGGGUAGGAAAUAUAAAGUUCGCGCAAUUGUGCAUGUUUACACUAGCAACAUAAAUAUGUAAUUUAUUACAAUUUGACUUUUUUUUAUUGAUAAGACUUGUAAAAAAUAUUUUAAAGAUGGAGGACAAUCAAGGAGGAUGUUUAUUUUUAUUGUGUUUGCAGUUCUCUAUCUGUAUGGUUACUUGUUGAUUAAUAAAAAAAAUGCUGAUACGUAA